UCUCUCUCUCUCUCUCUCUCUGAGGCACUGACUUAUCUCACCAACAGGGGCUUCUGUGUUAACUGAGGCUAAAUAAACACAGAUGAACUGUCGAGCACAUUCACAAAAAUGUCCUGGCAAUGUCUGUCUGACUUCACAAGGCUCUCGGAAACCGCAGGAGAAGCGCGUCACCUCAGAAACGCACUGACAUGGAGCUGCUUUAAACGGGCGAAGCGGGCAUGUUCCUCCUAGAAGACUUCACUGGCGCCGAGCGAGCGCGGCUUUGACGCUUUCCACAGCAGUUCACCUUGUUACUGGACUUUUAGUGAGAGCGGACAUCCGAGAUGAAGAACCCACAUCUGAACGGACCCUGCAAGAUCCUGCACUCGGUGUCGGGAGACAAGAGAGUAAAACGGAAAUCCAGAGAGCCAAUUAAGCGCGUCAGUGACGAUCAUUUACCUUACUUUAAAUUACAGUACAAGGACGCGCAUCUCACGGCAGAGACUGACGGCUGUCCGACAGAGACGCGCGGCUCGGAAAUCGUCGCGUCGAGGGACGACAGUGUGUUAAACACCGCGGUGGACAUGAGGAUUAACACCGUGAUUGCUGGAGAGACUCCUGGCGCCUCCGAGAAGACUGUCAGCGGCAGGAGCGCUCAAGCGCAGGUUUUUCCUCUGGAGCGAGCGUUGUCUCAGCGCGCCGCCUCUCAGGCGCCUGGCGAGUGCGCGGAAUCACCUAGGAAACGCGCCGGAGAGCCGUCUGGCGUCGUCACGGAGAUCAAAGCCAUUCAGCAGACGCGCAGACUGCUGGCGAACGCGCGCGAGAGGACGCGCGUGCACACCAUCAGCGCAGCCUUCGAGGCGCUGCGAAAGCAGGUGCCCUGCUACUCGUACGGCCAGAAGCUGUCCAAGCUGGCUAUAUUAAGAAUCGCUUGCAACUACAUACUGUCGCUCGCUCAGCUGGCAGACCUGGACUACACGCCAGACCAGCGCAAGCUGAGCUUCAGGGAGUGUGUGGAGCAGUGCACCAGGACGCUGCAGGCCGAGGGACGCUCCAAGAAGAGGAAGAGCCAGACACCAGAUGUUCGCAGCGCUGCUUGGGAAGUCCUGCUGGCGCCACUCAGGGCAGAGGGCAGGGGGAAGGCACGCGAGCCGGAGCCCAGAGAACGCACUCGCUGCAGGAACUGGCACAUUCCCCAGCGCGCUCUUGGCCCGCUCCCCAGUUCUCCCUUGGCCAUCUGUUCCAAAAAAACACUUUGAAAUAAAAACGCAGCGCUCAUCACUCUCUUAGGAUACGGCUCCACGGAGCAGCUGUUACAGAGGCGAGGGGAAACGGGAGGAGGGUUUGGAGGAGGAGGAGGAGGAGGGGCGCCGUCCAAGAAAGAAAUCCCUUUGUCAAGUAGAGCCAGUGAGUCUGAGGGGAAAAAUGUUUUGGCAAAGCAGAGCCAUGAAAAGCACUGAGCGAACAUGAAAAUGCGCAUGAAUGUUGCAAUGCGGGAACCUUUCUCCACAAGUCCGUUUCAAAACAAAAGGGCCCGCUGAAUCUGCUCAGAAUUUGUAUUCUUGACAGCUAAUGCAGAUUUUGUUGUUUG